AAAUUCAGCCACGCCUACAGCCAGGGUGUAAAGUGCAAACUGUCAUGGCGUCAGUUAGCAAUAAAGUUUGUUUGGUUGUUAUUGACGGCUGGGGACUAUCAGAAGAAGUUAAAGGUAAUGCUAUCAGGAAUGCAGAGACUCCGGUAAUGGAUGCACUUGAAAAGGUUGAGGGAGAGUUCCUAACACUUGAUGCAUCAGGUCUUUCCGUGGGUCUUCCAGAUGGGCUGAUGGGAAAUAGUGAAGUUGGACACUAUACCAUUGGAACUGGUCGAGUCUCUUAUCAGGAUAUUGUUGCUAUUAACUUAUCAAUAGCUAAUGAGUCAAUAUACACUAAACCAGUCUUACUGGAAGCAUUUGAAAAAGCUAAAACUGGUAACGGACGAGUCCACUUUUUGGGACUGGUAAGUGAUGGUGGCGUUCACAGUCAUAUCGAUCACCUUGAAGCUCUAUUAAAAGCUGCUAAAAAGGAUAAUGUCCCAAAGUCUUUCGUCCACUUCUUCUCCGAUGGCCGAGACACCUCACCAACUAGUGGAGUAACGUACGUGAGGCGACUCCUCCAGUACCUAAAAGAGUUGGGAUAUGGUUCCCUGGCUACUCUCGCUGGUCGUUAUUAUGCAAUGGACCGAGACAAGAGAUAUGAAAGGAUUAAGAUUGCAUAUGAAGGAAUGACACAAAGAAAAGGAGUGGAAGUGGAGACCGAUAAACUUAUCAAUCUGAUGGAGGAACGUUACAAUGCUGAUGGAGAUGCAAAGCAGACAGACGAGUUUAUGAAACCGGUCAUACUGGACACUGAAGGACAGAUAAAAGAUGGAGACACAUUGAUAUUCAUUGACUUUAGAGCUGACAGGAUGAGACAAAUUGUGGAAGCAUUCGGAAUAAAACCACAAUUUGAGACUGAAACCAUUCCAAAGAAUAUUUCUGUUUAUACAAUGACAGAGUACAAGAAAGAGUUUCCAUUCCCAGUCAUAUUCCCGCCUACCGUUCCAAAGAACAGUCUCGCCGAGUGGCUCUCUCUCAAAGGACUCAAACAGUUCCAUUGUGCCGAGACUGAGAAAUAUGCUCACGUCACUUUCUUCUUUAACGGCGGACUAGAGAAGGCAUUUGACGGGGAGGAGAGGUGCAUGGUACCCUCUCCUAAAGUACCCACUUAUGAUCUAAAGCCUGAAAUGAGUGCAGAGGGAGUUGGAGAAGCUAUGGUUGAAGCCAUUAAAAGUGACAAGUAUUCUUUUGUCAUGUGUAACUUUGCACCUCCAGACAUGGUCGGUCACACAGGUCAAUACGAGCCGGCAGUGGUAGCCUGUGCAGCAACUGAUAAAGCGAUUGGUGCCAUACAAAGAGCCUGUGAAGAGAAAGGUUACGUACUGUUGAUCACUGCUGAUCACGGGAAUGCCGAACGGAUGAUUGAUGAAGAAGGAAAACCUGUCACUAAACACACAACAUUUCGCGUACCAUUCUGUCUUCAUGGUAAUGGAUUGAAGUUCCUUUCUCCCACUCACAAUGCUUCACUAGCUGAUGUUGCUCCUACCGUAUUACAAAUAAUGGGACUGGACGUACCUCCGGAAAUGACUGGACACAAAUUAGUUGAAUAAAAAUAAAUAUUAAUUUCUCUAUCAUAGUAGCACCUGCAAAAUUAGUUUUGUCGCUGCCUUCACUGAUAUUACAAUUGUACAUGUGUUUAGCAUCAGUAUUGUUGUUGUUAUAAAUUUAUUAUUAGUAGUAAUGAAAGUUGUUCUUUUUUGAUUUCAUUCAUAAGUAGAGCUGUUUUAUCCUGUGUGAUAAUACUCUAUAAA